AUGCUCACAUUUGCGUUGUUGAUAUGCAUAGAGAAUAUAUUUCAAGAUUCACCUUUGGCGAUUGCCGAGCGAGGACGAUAUCGGAACACAUUCCACGCGGCGUAUAAGAUCGUUCAAGUAGAGGGUAUUCUAGGGUUGUAUCAAGGGCUUGCCCCCAAUAUCCUGGGGAAUGCGAUGGCAUGGGGUUCGUACUUUAUGGGAUAUAAUGCUGUUAAAACAAAACUGCAGGAGGUGACUGGGCAAGAGCAGCUGCACCCUCUAUACCAUAUGAUGGCAGCUUCGACCGCGGGGGUUGGAACUCAAAUAGCAACGAAUCCGGUAUGGGUGAUCAAAGCGCGUAUGUGUUAUCAACAACCUGGAGCGCCCGAUUCAUAUACAGGCUUUGGAAAUGCGGUUACGAGGAUAUGGCGCUCAGAGGGAAUGAGGGGGUUCUACAAAGGCUCAACUAAGUAUGCACACGUUUCUUCAUCUAUGAAGGCUUAG